AUGUUGAAGAAGCAGCUGGUUAAUAAAAACGAGAACCACCAGAGAGUGAACAUCUUCUUUGACUACGCCAAAAAGACGAAAAACACAGCCUGGUCCUACUUCCUUCCGAUGCUCAAUCGUCAGGAUCUGUUUACUGUCCACAUGGCUGCAAGGAUCAUCGCUAAGCUGGCUGCCUGGGGGCGUGACCUGAUGGAGGGAAGUGAUCUGAACUACUAYUUUAACUGGAUUAAAAGCCAACUCAGUUCACAGAAUCUACACGGUUCAGGUCCAGAAACAGGCACAGGAGCAGGAACAAUUUCCCCCAGUGAAAGUUCUCAGUACGUUCAGUGUGUGGCUGGCUGUCUUCAGCUGAUGCUGAGGGUCAAUGAAUACAGAUUUGCCUGGGUCGAAGCUGAUGGAGUCAACUGCAUAACAGCAGUGCUGAGCAACAAGUGUGGCUUCCAGCUUCAGUACCAGAUGAUCUUCUGUAUAUGGCUGCUGGCUUUCAGUCCUCAGCUUUGUGAACAGUUGAGGCGCUACAACGUAGUUCCCGCCCUGUCCGACAUCCUUCAGGAGUCUGUAAAGGAGAAGGUCACUCGAAUCAUUCUGGCUGCCUUCAGGAAUCUGCUGGAGAAGUCUGCGGAGAGGGAGACUCGUCAGGAAUACGCUUUGGCCAUGAUUCAGUGCAAGGUACUGAAGCAGCUGGAAAAUCUUGAGCAGCAGAAGUACGACGACGAGGAUAUAACCGACGACAUUAAGUUCCUGCUUGAGAGGCUGGGAGAGAGCGUCCAGGAUCUUAGYUCCUUUGAUGAGUACAGCUCUGAGCUCAAGUCUGGCCGUCUGGAAUGGAGUCCUGUUCACAAGUCGGAGAAGUUCUGGCGUGAGAAUGCUGUCCGCCUGAAUGAGAAGAACUACGAGCUUCUCAAGAUCUUGACGCGUCUGCUGGAAGUCUCUGAUGAUCCUCAAGUUAUAGCCGUGGCAGCUCACGAUAUCGGAGAGUACGUGCGACAUUAUCCACGUGGGAAACGGGUGAUUGAGCAGCUGGGUGGAAAACAGCUGGUGAUGAAUCACAUGCACCAUGAAGACCAACUAGUCCGUUACAACGCCCUGUUGGCCGUGCAGAAGCUGAUGGUGCAUAACUGGGAAUAUCUGGGCAGACAGCUGCAGUCCUCUGACCAACAGCAGGCUCCGGCUGUGGCAGCUCGGAGCUGAACUCUUCUUCUUCUGCGUUUGUGUUUGUGUGUGUUGUUGCGUGGAUGAGUUAAGAACUGCACUGUAAUCAGCUUUCCUGUAAUAAAUUAGUUAAAAGCUCCACCUUUGUGCUUCCCUCGUCUGGCCGCGCCUCCCCUGAUCCUCCUUGUGAACUGAUUUAGCCUUUUGAUGUUGUGACUUGAGCUUAGUGAUGUGUCUGUGAUGUACAAAACUGCAAGAUAUUUAAGUCUUACUUGUAAAACAUUCGAUGAAUACCAAUAAAGAUGUUUACUUGAUUUA